AUGGCGAUGAGUUAUUUAUCUGAGAACCAAGCACCGCGGGACUUCAGAGUGUCGUCUACGGAGAGCGACGGUCACUACACAAAGUGUCCUCUUUGUUAUACUGUUAAAAGAAAUUUUUACUGCGCAGAUUGUGUAAGAAAUGGUAAUUUCGUUCAUUCUUCAUUGCCUUACUCGGACAGAUUUUCAGAGAAACAAGCCAAGCUAAUGCGUGUGAAAAUAAAUCGUCAACAUAUCUUAGAUAGAUGUGAUAAAUUACUAGCACCUAAGUUAAAAAAAGAUAUUCUAAUCACUGAAACAAAACAAUCUCAAGAUCAAUUGAAUCUUUUGAGACUGGCCAUUGAACAGCGCAAGAGUCGUGUUGGCAUAUUGAAGCAAGAAUUGAAUGAGUUGGUUAAUAGUAAUGAAGAACUGAGAUCUAAGCUGCCAAAGUAUCAGAAGAGAGUUUCUAGUUUAGGCCAUCAUGCUCAAUUACAACACGUGGAGGUUCAGAAGAAGAUCAGUGCUUAUAAUGAACAGGCCCAAGCCUUAGCUGAGCUCCGAAGAUCAAGGAUACGGCAACUCAAUAGAUAUAUUUUUCCUGUGUAUAUAAGUUAUGAUUCCAGUGACAGUAUCGAAGAUUUGGAAUUUGUUGGUGGUGAUGAAGAGCAGGAACCCCCUAGGCGACCACAGCUGCACAUUGUUGCUCCAUUUGUUGAGAUAGAUGGAGACUAUUCACAUAUUCAAGCCUGGGUGUCCGGGAACAAGGAGGCAUGCAACAGUUGCACGGGAAGCACUAACCCGGCUCAUCGCACCGCAGCAGCCCUAGGACUGUGUGCGCAGCUGACGGCUUUGCUCGCUUGGACCCUGGACGUGCGUCUGCCGCACGCUAUACAACUCAGUGAAUGCGCAGAAAUGAGUCGCUGGCGAAGCCUCGCGAGACGUGUGCGCAUCUGCGGCGGAGCGAUGUGCGCACGAGCGGACAUUCCAGCGGAGAGCAGUUCGCGGGGCCUCGCCGCGUUACACGCCUUGGCGCUCGCUGCAGCCGCCGACGAACCCGCGCUCGGCAGAGUGGAGUCGUGGUGCAACUCUGAAAGUGUGUCCGCCCAGUGGGAAGAGGUGUGGAGUGCGGAGGAGCGGUGCGGGGGUGACACGACGGGGACGGAGGGGGGCGACGUAGACGACGCUGAGCCUCCGGAGCAUUUGCACUGGCCGGACACUGCGCAGUUGGAAGAAAUGAGCAGCACUCCGCCCGCAGCGCCAUCUUUAGUGACGUCAGCGGCCGCGUCGAUCGCCUCGAUAUGGCGUGGCUGGAACAAGUGA